AUGCGUUUCUCCACCAUUGCCAUCUCCAUUGCUGCCGCUGGCACCGCCAACGCGCAGGUCCUCUCUUCCAUUCUCGGUGGAGGUGAAUCUUUCCUCUCCUCGGUCGUCGGCGGUGCCACCUCUGACCUCGCCUCCAUCACGUCCGAGAUUGGCUCCGUCGCUUCCUCCGUCACUGGCUCUGCCGCCUCUGGCAUCGAGUCUGCCGUCUCCUCCAUCGACUCAAACGUCUCGUCUGUCAUUGCCAGCAUCACCAGCGAGGCUGCCAGUGCCACAGGUUCCAUCCAGUCGUCGCUCAACUCCCGCGCCAGCUCGCUUGCCAGCCAGGCCAGUUCGCUCCGCAGCGCCGCCAGCUCUGCCGCCAGCUCUGCCACCUCCACGGGCGGUGCUGCCCAGGCCACUGCCCUCCCCGUCAUGGGAGCCGUUGCCGGCGGUCUCUUCGCCAUGGCUGGUCUCUUGUAG